UUCAGGGGACAGAAGAGAUUCAGCCUGCGCCGGGACUGUCGUGUAAUAUUCUUAGAACCACCACAAGCCGGGCCAGUUCAGUUUCGUUUCUUUGGACUCGGGCAUCUCCAGUUCUUUUUUUAUCUCUUUUUCCUCUCCUGGUUCUUCUUCUUUUUUCCCUUCUGACCCGCGUUCUCUUCUAUGAUCACAGGAUUUUAGAAACAGCUCCUUCGUUGAAGCUGGUGUUCCUCCCUUCCAGAUUCCCUUGAGUCUCGACAGCUCGUCCAAUCUUUUUUCCUCUUCUCCCUCCUGUCAAGCUUACUUCGCCAACAUCAACCCCCUUUGGCCCCCAUCAAACAUCCAUUCUACAAACAUCGCGACUUCUCCUUCGAAUCGAUAUCUAUACGAUUGAAUAAUCAUGGCUGCCGACAAGGCUGCCGUCGCCUCAGGCGCUGACCUGGGCGAUGGUCUUAGGCAGCGUCCUGUCGCUGGACAAGCUAACCUGCAACCCCCGACUCCUCAGCCUGAGGACAACAAGAAGCUUGUCAAGAAGGAGUCCUCAUUGCUCCAAACACUCGACCAGUGGGAGGUUGUCAUUGCCCCGCUGAUCUUUACUCUCCUGGCUAUCUUCACUCGACUUUACAAGAUUGGUAUCAGCAAUAUCGUUACUUGGGAUGAAGCUCACUUCGGCAAGUUCGGUUCCUACUAUAUCAAGCAUGAAUACUACUUCGAUGUCCACCCCCCUCUCGGCAAGAUGCUCGUCGGUCUCUCUGGAGUCCUGGCUGGCUACAACGGAACAUUCGAGUUCAAGUCUGGCGAAAAGUACCCCGAGGAAGUCAAUUACACCAUCAUGCGUAUCUUCAAUGCGGCUUUCGGUAUCUUCUGCAUUCCUCUUGCUUACUACACUGCUCGUGAGCUGAAGCUUCGACGUCCUGCUGUGUGGCUCGUUACUCUGAUGGUUCUUUGCGAGAACUCUUACACCACUAUCAGCCGUUUCAUCUUGCUCGACUCUAUGCUGCUAUGCGGUACCGUCGCCACCGUUUUCUGCUGGUCCAAGUUCCACAACCAGCGACACAACAGCUUCGAGCCUGAGUGGUUCUUCUGGCUGUUCUUGACUGGUCUCAGCAUUGGCUGUGUCUGCAGUGUUAAGCUUGUUGGUCUUUUCGUUACUGCUCUCGUCGGCCUCUACACCGUUGAGGAUCUCUGGCGAAAGUUCGGUGACACCAAGAUGCCUGUUACCACUCUUGGUGCCCACGUCAUCACCCGUGUUGUUGGUCUCAUCGUCAUCCCUUUCUUGAUCUACCUCCUCUCUUUCGCCCUGCACUUCGCGAUUCUCGAUCGCUCCGGCCCUGGUGAUGCUCAGAUGAGCUCUCUCUUCCAGGCUAACCUCAAGGGUACUCAGGUUGGAAAGGACAGCCCUCUCGAGAUUGCAAUCGGUUCUCGCGCCACUAUCAAGAACAUGGGUUAUGGUGGUGGUCUUCUUCACUCUCACGUUCAGACGUACCCUGAGGGUUCCAAGCAGCAGCAGGUUACUUGCUACCACCACAAGGACACCAACAACGACUGGUUCUUCUACCCCAACCGCCGAGAGGAGGACUACAACCCUGAGGGUGAUCUCCGAUUCAUUGGUGACAACUCCGUCAUUCGACUUAUCCACGCUCAGACUGGCCGCAACCUGCACUCUCACGAUAUCGCUGCCCCUGUCACCCGAGGCCACAAGGAAGUUUCCAGCUACGGUAACUUGACUGUUGGUGACGACAAGGACCACUGGAAGGUUGAGGUUGUUCGUGAUUCUGCUUCUCGCGACCGUAGCAAGAUCAGGACUCUUACCACUGCUUUCCGUCUCAAGCACGAGGUCCUUGGCUGCUACCUCCGAGCUGGCAACGUCAACCUUCCUCAGUGGGGUUUCAAGCAGAUUGAGGUUACUUGCACCAAGGAGAACAACCCCCGUGACACUUACACCCACUGGAACGUUGAGGCUCACUGGAACGACAAGCUCCCUCCCGCCGAGGCUGGUGUUUACAAGUCCCCAUUCUUCCAUGACUUCGUCCACCUGAACGUCGCUAUGAUGACCUCCAACAACGCUCUGGUCCCCGACCCUGACAAGCAAGAUGACCUUGCCUCCAAGUGGUGGCAGUGGCCUUUCCUUCACGUCGGUCUCCGUAUGUGCGGUUGGGGUGAUGAUAUCGUCAAGUACUUCCUCCUUGGUAACCCUCUCAUCUACUGGGGUUCUACUGCUUCUCUUGGAAUUGCUGGCCUUGUCAUUGUCUGGUACAUCCUUCGAUGGCAACGAGGUGUCAACGAUCUCAGCGAGAACGAGAUUGACCACAUUCACUAUGCGGCACUGUACCCUCUUGCCGGCUGGUUCCUCCACUAUCUUCCUUUUGUUAUCAUGGCCCGUGUUACUUACGUGCAUCACUACUACCCGGCUCUCUACUUUGCCAUUCUCAACUUUGGCUUCCUUGUUGACUGGUUCACUCGCAACCGCAACAAGACCAUCCAGACCAUCGUGUAUGGCAUUCUCUACACCGUCAUUAUCGGUCUUUACAUUUACUUCAUCCCCAUUUGCUGGGGCAUGACUGGCAACCACAAGCAGUACAAGUACAUGAAGUGGUUCGACAACUGGCGAGUCACUGACUAAGGGAUUGAUCAACGUUUUGAGCAAUCUCUCUUCUCUCGAUUACACAGUGAUCUAGACGAGCUGUCUCAUGCACCGCCAUGCAGACGUGUUUGUGUUAUUCGAUUUCGAAAACGUGCUGCAAGGAUAUAGAAUUGGGGAAUCCAUGUAAAAGACGGGUCGCGGGAUUUGUUGGGAAAUCAAAGCAAGGGACGAAGGAAGAAAAGACGAAGCAGGAUCAACAAAACGAGGCAGUUAUGGAUGGAUCUUGUUUCGGUAAUGCUAUGAUAUUGUCAUUUCUGUUGCGUCCUUAAUAAAGGUGGCCUCGGUAAGGCCAGCAAUGUAUUAUGCAUUAUUGUGUACAAUUCAUAUUGAGCUUUUCAUACACUUGUUCGAUGAUGACGACGUUUGCUGGCUGACUGGGUAUCAUGAUGCGUCGUGUGUCUGUAGAUCAUUUGUGCCCUCCUCUUCGUAUUGUCCUGGGUUAUCCUCUAGCAACAGCCACCUCCUGCUGACUUGUUGGCAUCUCCAGAUAGCUUGACUUGGCGGUUUCCACCAGCCCCUGCACCCUUGACCCCAGAUCUUCUAUCAUUGAGAUCAUACUUGCCCGCCUGGAUGUUGUUGUAUAUCCUCUCUGCUACCCGCAUGAAAGCCUUUUCCACAUUCUCGCCACUCUUUGCGCUUGUCUCGACGUAUUCCAUAACCCCGUUACGCUUGGCCCACUCCUCUGCCUCCUCGCGUGUGACCUCACGCUUGUUGUCCUCCUGUUGUGUCAGAUCUGCCUUGUUACCAACCAGGAUGACCACAAUAUCAGGCUCGGCGAUCUGUCGUAGAUCGUUGAGCCAGUCUGUAACAUGCUGGAAGGUUUGCUUUCGAGACAGGUCAAAGACUAACAAGGCACCGCUUGCGCCUCGGAAGUAAGAUCGAGUGACAGACUUGUAUGUCUCCUGGCCAGCUGUGUCCCAAAGACUAAGCUUCAUAUGCUUCUGGGGUGUGUUGGAGUCAUCCCGAGGAGGUUCAGGGAGACCGUCGGCUUCUUGGUCUUUGCUAUCGGGGUCUGAAGAGUUGGCGGCGCCGAUUUUUGAGUGGGGAGGACCGACAGGGACGAUACGGGAGCCGAAUUCAACGCCAAUGGUGACGUCGUGAUGAGGCGAAAAGCGUCCUUCGCAGAGACGAAUGGUAAGACUGGACUUGCCGCAUCCUGAGUCGCCGAUGCAGACGAGCUUGGCGAUGUAAUCCCACGGUGUGGUCGACAUGGGAAGAGACUGAGAAGGCUGAUGAGAAUUGAAGUAGAGAGGUUCGUUGGGGAAGAGCUGAUCGAUAGGCUUGGUUUCCUCGAGCUAAAGAGGAUGGAGUUAAGCACGUGCAAGCUGUCCUUUGCGGUGGUGCGACGUCAAAACCGAGGUACAGAGUAAGAUAAGAGAGGUAUCUGAUUUGGUGAUGCUGGUGUUUCGUGAACGUGACUUGGUAAUGAGAAUGGAUGGGUUGUAAGUGGUAGAAAUUUAGGGUUGGAGGAAGCUGGGUGGUUUAUCUGAGGGAGCUAGAGGUGGCUCCGGUCGGGCUAGAUUUAGACUCAGAGAUGGCGAUAGUGACGAUAAGAUCAAAAUAGUGUAAAUGAGCCAAAUAUUGUGUUUUUACAGAUCAUAAUUAGUAGAAAUACCAGAAAAUAUGGCACGCCAUGGGGAGGAAACUGGAGAGAGCACAAGUCAGAUGUUGGGGCCUGUGGCUAUGGUUUGAGAUGCUGAGCUGUCACGAGUUACAGCAUUGUACGACACAAGCAGGCAAGCUAACUCCCUGG